GGGUGCUUGUUUCAGUAGCUGCAUCCAGUCAUCGUGAAGUCGCAUGUGUGUGAUGCUUCUGUUUGUAACUCAAACGCUCCUGCUUUGUUUGUGAAAAAUAUAUAUAGCCACAUACUGCCGAGAUGAAGCUGUUAACGCAUAACAUGCUAACAUCUCACGUGCAAGGUGUGACUAAAGGAUACCCACUUAUUAUUAAGGCAACAGAAGUGAAGGUGAAUCAGUUGGAGUUCAAUGCUCAGUUUGUGAGCCGGAUGAUCCCUAAGCUGGAGUGGAAGGCAUUGAUCCAGGCAGCAGAAUGGCUAGGACAAUCUCAAGACCUGCCCAGCACUCCCAAACCAAACUAUGAAAGUGAUGAGGACUUCCUGCGUAAAGUUCACAGAAUUCUUCUGGAGGUGGAGGUUGUAGAGGGGUGUUUACAGUGUCCUGAAUCAGGCAGAGAGUUCCCCAUCUCCAAAGGUGUUCCUAACAUGUUACUCAUUGAAGACGAGUAGAUCAAGCUGCUACAUACGUCCCAGAAGAACAGAAUAUCAGACCCACGUUUAUUUGAGAAACUUUUGGGGGUCCCAUUUUUAUUUAAAGAAUAGUGGAGAGAAACAUAAGACCAUAAUUCAGAAGUAAUUCUGAUUAACACAGUCAUGUUCAACUACUGUCUCAAAACAUGUGGCUGCUUUGCGUUUGGUUAUGAGAAGUGACUUUUUGUUGUUUCUGUUAUUGUAAAUUGUUAUUGUAAAAUAUUAGAUAAAUUUGUAUUAAGUUA